AUGGAUGCCAGGGAUUUUGUGUGCUAUGUUGGGAAGUCCCAGGAGAGUCACGGAGUGAAAGAGUUCCAGAUAGCUGUGGCACUGAUGGAAGGCCACAAGGAAUUGCUAAGCAAAAACGUUCCUUCUCAGUGGGGCGAGGUGCAGCUCUUCGAUGUGUGCCUCAGGUUGGGUCUCUUCGACACUGCCUGUGCCAUGGCUCAGAGAGGAGUCGGAGGCGGAUUGGACGUCCAUCACCUUAACAGGACUUUCUUUGAGUUUGAUCCUCGGUUUCCUGAUAAUGAGCAUGUUGAGCUUCUACACAGCCAAUACAGCUGCACAUGUUGCUGGGAUCAGCGGAAGACGUGUGACGGGUGCUGCUUCGGCUUCCCAAUCGACCAUGGCAUUUGGAUGGAGGACUGGGCUGCAAAUUGCAGGGAUGCUGCAGAAGAGGCUUGCCAGACAGCCAAGCACCCCUUGGUUUGGAACCUGCUGGAGGCCCUUCACUGUGGCACUGCAUUGCCUUUUGCCAUUUCUGAGGAGGCCAUGGUGCAUUUGAUGGACAUCGCCAUCCUCACCGGCGACAAGGAGGCAGCCAUGCACUGCGCAGAGCCUAUCCAUUGUGCGAGUUGUGGGCUUGACUAUUUGACGCAUCGAGCUUUCUACUUGGCCCGGGAUCAGGGUAACUUUUGUCUCGAAGACGACGAGGCCUCGGACACCAUUCCAAUUUCGGAGUGCGAAAUGCUCCGGAUCCUUGCGGCCCUCUCGGCCGGCACGGCGCUGCAGGACCUUCAGACAAAGUAUUUUGUUCAUGUACCCUUCCAAGCCGCAUUGGUUUUGUGCGGUGCUCGUCCUUGGGCCGACUUUGCAGAUCUGCUGUCACCCCCUGAAGCUCCGUGGGCGCUGCCAGAAGAGAACGGCCUGGGAGGCGGCAACCUCAUGAACUUCUCGCUCUUGGAUUGCGCAAUUCUUUUUGAACAAUCGGACUGCGCAGGUUUGCUGGCCACUGUGGGCACUGAGCUGUCUGACCUUGUUUGCUAUCUUUUGCGAAGGCUGGAUCCAGAUCCUGCACGCCAGGCUGCGGCGAUGGCAGCAGCCCGUGCGGCGUGGCAAAUUGCAUUGAAGUCGGAGAUUUCAGCCAAAGGAAUUGCUGUCUACCAGGCCAUGAAGAAGCUUUCACAGGGGAGAUCUUUUCCAGCUUUGCUGGUGGAUGAGGUGGUGGCUUUCUCUACGGAGGUUCCGAAGGUCAUCAAGGAUUUAGAUUUGUGGGAAGAUGCAAGUUUUUUGCUUUCGCCAACAUCCCAAGUUGAGAAAGAAUUGCAGAAAGCUGGGAGUUCAGAUGGUGCAGACUUUGCACAUAUGACUCCAUAG